CGAGGUAUAAAUAGAUUUUGUAUAAUCAAGCUUCAAUCUUUGACCGCCUCCCAAACUAUCUUUAUCAUGAAGCUUUUGGUGCUGGCAGCGUUAGCUGCUGUGGCUCUAGCUGAUGCCUCUCAACUCGCGGGCUAUCAGUACAACGUUCCAGCCUCGAGCUACGGGGUGCCCCAGAGCUCCGUAACCGAACGCUAUUUGAACGCUGUGCCCACAGCGCCCCCCCUCGGCUUGAACCUACCCGCCUUCGAGCACCAGGACUUUAACGCUCUCAACCCGUUACCUGGAGUUGUCGUUUCCACGACAGCGGCACCUUUCAUCGACACAGGUUUCGUGUCGUCUACCCCGGCCCCAAGCGUGGACUCUGGCUUGAUCGUCUCCUCAACCCCUGCACCAAGCGUGGUGGGUGGCGCUGGCUUGGACCUGAACGCUCAGCUGCCGGGAUUAGCUUCUGGUUUCAGUUACACCACCCCGGCACCUAGUCUGAGCUUCAAUUCCGGAGGAUUGGAUAGUGUUGGUCAACUGGGGUUAGGCUCAGGUUUCGUUUCUUCGACAUCUGCGCCACAUAUUCAAGUCACGUCCGGAAGUCAAGAAAAUUUGAACGCUGACGUUCACUUGGCCAACUUCGGCUUCAAUUCUGGAUUGAGUGGGUUCACAACUCCGGCCCCAACUUUGUUCUCGUCUACCGUAGCCCCGACCGUCUCCACCUUGGCGCCUGGUUUUGGAUUAGGUCUAGGAUCGGCGUAUAAUUUCCCAGGUUUUGGACUGAACGCAUUUUCCACUCCCGCUCCUAUCGGUUUGUUGGGAAGCGGCAUCAACUUCCACGGCAUAACAUCAGGUGGAUCUAUUAGUGACGCUUUCGGGGGAUCUUCAGCCACCGUCUCGGCUGGAAUCCUACCCCAACCCCAGCAGGUUUCCAAACACCUGUACUUCUACGCCGCUCCGGAGGAUCCAGAACCAGCGCGUACUCGUAUCAACGUUGCUCCCGUAGCCCCGCCCAAAAAGAACGUUAAGGUUAUCUUUAUCAAAGCACCAACUCCCCCUGCCCCACCUCAGAUAAACAUAGCGGCUCCCCCUCAAGACGAAGAGAAGACGGUCGUAUACGUGCUGGUGAAGAAGGCCGAAGACACACAGAACAUCGAAAUCCAAACACCCCCUCCGACAGCUCCAGCUAAACCCGAGGUGUACUUCAUCAAGUACAAAACGCAGCAAGAAGCCGAAGAAGCUAUCGCGAAAGUACAAAACAACCACGACGAAGGUUCUGGCAACGUAGUUGGUACCAUUAAUGGAGGCAGCCUUCUUAGCACAGUACCCACCCUGCCUAUCGUUAACUACGUUUCAUCCACCACCACUCCUUCACCUCUCCUAAGCUUCAUAGGCGGUGGGAUUUCAGGUCCAAUUCAGAACAGUGGUCUUACCUUUUCCUCCACAACCACCCCAGCGCCUUUCUUCAACUUCGUAGGGGGUGGAAUCUCGGGCCCAAUCCAGAACAGUGGAUUUGCUCUCAGUCCUCAAGUGGAGGACACCGACAUCAGUCAAAAUUUGAUUUCCUCCGGAGGACAGACGUCUUCGCUGUUCAGUACCGGUUCUCCCUUAAUCAGUUCGCUAGCCCCAAGUGGUAGUUUCAUAGGAACUACCACCGUAGCCCCUCCCCUUGUUCCUCACUCCACCUACGGUCCACCGGCUCUCAAGAAAUGAUCACCAUCUUAAGCUGUAGUUAAGUAAAUUAACUUAUAAACGUUAUAUUGUAAUAUAAUUAUUUUGCGAAACGUCAAGGUAAUUAUGAUAUAAUAUGUAUAAAUAUAACUACGUACGUCUAAUGAGCCGUGGGUUAGACCAAACAAACACUGCCUGGUUGUAAAUAAUACGAUUUUGAAUAAAAUGUCGACAGCUCAAUGUGUAUAGAUGUAAAAUACAUGUUUUUUUACUAAA